AUGAUGUUAAGUUUUUUUCGCUGGUUGUGCUUUUUGCACGUAAUACAAUCAGUCUCAAGCAGCAGGCUGUUUCGUCUUGGUCAAUGGCUUCCUGCCGACUGGAACGUCACUGACGAAUGGUUGGCCAACGUGAUCCAUGAGUGUCAAUGUAAAUACAAAGAUAAGUUAGAAAUGCUUUUAACUCUUCACCCACAAGCUGAAGACGACGAAUCAGCUCUGUGUGUACUUCGAUCUACAGAUACUAAAAUUGCAGAUAAGCACCUCCGUCUCCAUAAACCGGUCGAAGAUUUGAAGAAUGCUAUUCUCACCGACGACGAGAUCAACAUGUUCUUUCAUCAAAUGUUCUGGCAACAGUAUCAACUCCCAAACUCUUCAAAAGGAAUAAAAAUUCCGUCCUGGCAAUUGAUGAUAAUAAUAAUCGACCACAUCAUGACAACAGCUCCGAUGUUUAACAAAACUGCAUUGGUUGGCUUUCCAAUCAAUGCUAUCUUGAACUUGCCUAUGGCUACCACCGCUGGAUUUGCUGCCUUCCUGAACGACAAAGUCAACAGGUUGUUCAAGAACAUUCUCAAUUAUUGGGGAGAGUUCCUGUCAACUCCAGAGUCUUGCUAUGUCUUGACUGACCAUCCUCGACAAGGUUGGUUUGGUGAGGAUGCAAUGGAAGCAAUGCCAAACUUUGUUGAGGAGUUUANGCUACCACCGCUGGAUUUGCUGCCUUCCUGAACGACAAAGUCAACAGGUUGUUCAAGAACAUUCUCAAUUAUUGGGGAGAGUUCCUGUCAACUCCAGAGUCUUGCUAUGUCUUGACUGACCAUCCUCGACAAGGUUGGUUUGGUGAGGAUGCAAUGGAAGCAAUGCCAAACUUUGUUGAGGAGUUUAAAUGCGAUCCAGAUGCCCCUCAUUAUGGUUUCAAGUCAUGGGAUGAUUUUUUCACCAGAGAGUUUCGUCCUGGAGUUCGUCCAGUCAAAUUCCCAGACGAUGAUUACAUUGUUGCAAACGCCUGUGAGUCGGCCCCUUACCAGAUAGCUACAUGCGUCAAAACGAGGGACUUCUUUUGGAUUAAGAGACAACGGUACUCUUUGCAUUUUUUGCUGAACAAGAGUGACCUGGCCAAGAAAUUUCAUGGUGGAACCGUCUACCAAGGGUUUCUAAGCGCCACCAGCUAUCACCGAUGGCACAGCCCAGUGUCGGGUACAAUCUACAAAACAGAACUUGUUGAUGGUUCUUAUUACUCGCAGACCCAUAACAUUCAGGACGACCCCGCAUCACCCAACAUGUCUCAAGGAUACCUGGCACAGGUAGCUGCGCGAGGGAUAAUCUACAUUAUGGCUGAUAAUCCUGAUAUUGGAUUGAUGUGUUUCGCAGCAAUCGGCAUGUCAGAAGUCUCUUCAAACGAAAUCACUGUUAAAGAGGGGGACAGAGUCAAGAAGGGCGAUCAGCUCGGAAUGUUCCACUAUGGUGGGUCCACGCACUGUCUUAUAUUUCGACCCGAAGUUGAAAUCGAGUUUGAUACUCGUGGUCAAACACCAGGUCUGGAUACCGACAAUAUUCCAGUUAGAGCUAAAAUUGCGACCGUUUAUCCAGCACAAGACAAGAACAAAAGAUUCUAA